GGUUGUGUGUACCAAAGGCUUAUUACCAGCAAUCGUCUGCUGUCGGGGCUGACUAUCCUCACAGACACUGGGAUACCAUCACCUUCGUAACUGAAACCUUAGCAGACGAGACACCGGUUGAGUUUCGAUAAGAAAAUAAAACUUCUCCAACGCGACUGGAGGUAGGAUUGUUAUACAAGCCCGCAAAACUUGACGGGACACCGCUUGUCUUUUAUUCAAGGGAAAUAAAAACAGAAACACCAUGCAGACCGCGGAAGAUCCCGAUUGGGACGAGGAGGAAGAGAUGACUACGACCGAAAGAGAGCUCGCAGACGACGCACAAUGGAAGUUAAUUCAAAAGAAUACAUUUUCUAGGUGGGCUAAUGAGCACCUGAAAACCGUUAAUAAGCAGUUGGCUGAUUUAGAGUCUGAUUUUUCUGAUGGAUUGCGACUUGUUUCUCUAGUCGAAGUGUUGUCAGGAAAAAAAUUCAAACAUGUCAACAAACGACCCAACUUCCGAACCCAAAAGCUUGAGAAUGUCACCAUGGUCCUCAAGUUUUUGGAAGAAGAUGAAGGAAUUCGAAUUGUCAAUAUCGACAGUACCGAUAUUGUGGACAAAAAGCUGAAGCUGAUCCUGGGUCUGAUAUGGACCCUCAUUCUCCACUACUCCAUCUCCAUGCCCAUGUGGGAGGGCGAGGAACCCACGCCCUCAGAGAAGGCGCCCACGCCCAAGCAGAGGCUGCUGAACUGGAUCCAGUCCAAGUGUCCAGACCUGCCCAUCAACAACUUCACCACCGACUGGAAUGACGGCAAGGCUAUUGGUGCUCUUGUUGAUGCUGUGGGACCAGGUCUGUGCCCAGACUGGGAAGACUGGGACCCCAAGAAGAACAAGGCCAAUGCUAAAGAGGCCAUGGAUGCUGCAGAGAAGUGGCUGGAUGUGCCACAGCUGAUCAGACCUGAGGAGAUGACCAACCCUAAGGUUGAUGACCUCAGUAUGAUGACCUAUCUCUCCCAAUUCCCCAAUGCCAAGCUGAAGCCAGGCGCCCCUGUCAGGCCAAGACUGAACCCAUCCCGUGUCCGAGCCUACGGACCAGGUCUUGAGCCAACAGGAAACCAGGUCGGAGCACCAGCUCGCUUCACCGUGGAAACUUUCAGUGCCGGCAAGGGCAGUCUUGAGAUCAUUGUCCUCAACCCCAAGGGAGCUAAAGAAAAUUGUGAAGUUGUGUUUAACAAUGACAGAAACAUGACCUACUCAUGUGUGUAUGUACCAACACAAGAGGGAGCUUACAGGGUGAUUGUCAAGUUCAGCAACAAGGAGAUUCCCAAGUCCCCAUACACUGUGCAGGUUGAAGGGGCAGCUGGUGACCCCACCAAGGUCACUGCUGCUGGACCUGGUAUUGAGAAGACUGGUGUUAUUGCUGGCAAGAAGACCUACUUUGAGGUGUACACACAAUCUGCUGGCAAAGGCACAAUUGAUGUUGCCAUUCUGGACCCCCAUGGCCACAAGGACAAAGUCCGCCCUGCCAUUAGCCCAGUGGUCGGCAAGGAGGGAACCUACCUGGUUGAGUACACCGCCAUGGAUGCUGGACUUCAUUCAGUCAAUGUCUUCUUCUCUGGUCAACAGAUCCCUGGAAGUCCAUUUGGUGUCAAUAUUGCUCCUGCAUCCAAUGCUAAAGCUUGUUACGCUACUGGACGUGGUAUCCAGCCUCGCGGCAUCAGAGUUAAAGACAAUGCUGUCUUCUACGUGCACACCAAAGGUGCAGGGGAUGGGGAGGUAGCUGUACAAAUUUUUGGACCAGGUGGUGUUGAAGAGAAGUGUCAGAUCAAGCCAGUGAAGGGAGAAGAGGGAGUUUAUGAAUGUAUCUAUGUUCCAUCCAAACAAGGCAACUACAUCAUCAAUGUCACUUUUGCUGACCAACACAUCAACAAAUCCCCCUUCAAGGUUGAAGUUGGCCCAUUCUGGAACACAAAGAUUAGAGCCUAUGGCCCAGGCUUGGAAGGAGGAGUGGUCAACCAGCCUGCAGUCUUCACUGUAGAAACCAACGGGGAAGUUGGUGCACUUGGAUUCUCCAUUGAGGGUCCAUCUCAGGCUAAGAUUGAUUGCAAGGACAACGGUGAUGGGUCAGCUGAUGUGACCUACUGGCCAACCCAGGCUGGAGAGUAUGCUGUCCAUGUUCUGUGCAAUGACCAGGACAUCCCCAACUCUCCAUACAUGGCCAACAUCAUCCCAGCCCAGCCCUUCAAUGCUGGAAAGGUGAUUGCUAAGGGUCCUGGCCUGGAGAAGACUGGAGUCCAGACCAACAAAGUGGCCGAGUUCACUGUUGACACACGUGCUGCUGGCAAGGCUCCACUGGUCAUCAGCUGCAUGGACGUUGACUACAAGCCAGUUAAUGUUGAGGUGAAAGACAAUGGCAAUGGCACAUACACUUGCCGCUACCAGCCCACAAGAAAUGUCAAGCACACCGUUACAAUUACUUUUGGUGGUGUCAUGAUUCCUAAUGCACCCUUCAGGGUGUAUGUUUCUGAGCCAAGCAACCCUGCCAAGGUGAAGGUCUUUGGGCCAGGUGUGGAGAAAGGUGUUAAAACAUUUUCACCAACUCACUUUGUGGUGGACUGUAAAGAUGCCGGUCCAGGUGAUGUUGCCGUUGGUCUGACUGACGAGCGCGGCGUUGACGUACCAGUUAAAACCAUUGACAACCAAGACGGCACGUUCACCGUGGAGUACGAGCCCAAGAGCCCAGGCACGUACACCGUGCUGGUCUACUUCGCCAACAAGGAGGUGCCCCAGAGCCCGAUCAAGGUCAAGGUUGAGCCCAACAUUGAUGUCAGCAAGGUUAAAGUGAUUGGUCUUGAACCAACCAUGCCAAUUGGUGUGCCCAAAGACAUCAGCAUUCUCUCCAGGGGUUUGCCUAAAGCAGAGACCAAGGUAAAGAUAGUCUCCCCUACCAACCAAGUCCUGGAUGUCCCCACCACCGCCACAGGUGACGGGUCCAAAGCCACAUUUGCUUUACUGGAGCCUGGCCCUCACCAGGUGCACGUUACCUAUGGUGGCGCACCUGUGCCAGAUUCACCUUUCAGGGUCGAUGCCAUCCAAGGUCCCCCCAAGGUGAAGGCCUAUGGUCCAGGGUUGACCGGAGGACAGGCCCUGCAGCCUGCUGUGUUCACCAUUGACACCAGGGAGGAGAAAACACCUGGGGGACUGGGCCUCUCUGUGGAGGGGCCUGCCGAGUCCCAGAUCCAGUGCAAGGACAACAAGGAUGGCACCUGCGAGGUGACCUACCUGCCACCGGUCCCUGGACCUUACAAUGUCAAUGUGACCUACGGUGAACGCCCCAUCCCAGGCUCCCCCUUCAAGGCCAACAUCACGCCCGCCAAGCCUGGCCUAGAUGUCAGUGGCAUCAGAGCGUAUGGACCAGGACUUGACCCAGCUGGAGUUUACCUGGAGUGUCUCAACGAGUUCACUGUUGAUGCCAGGUCUGUCUCACCCAAUGCCCAGGGUAAGGUCAGAGCUAUAGUGACCAGCCCAAGCGGUCAGAAGACAGACACAUUGGUCAAGAACAAUGGAGAUGGCACGUACAGUGUUCUCUACACACCAUUUGAACAAGGUCAACAGAAGAUUGAUGUGACCUAUGAGGACCUCCCCAUCCCAGAGUCUCCACUAACUGUCACAGCUGUGCCAGGCUUUGAUGCCAAAAAGGUCAAGGCUUACGGUCCAGGUCUGGAAGGUGGUAUAACUGACCAGCCUGCUGUUUUCACUGUGGACAUGAAAGGGGCUGGCAAGGGAGGGCUUGGCCUGGGCAUUGAAGGUCCAGUUGAAGCCCCCAUGCAGUGCCAGGACAACCACGAUGGCACUUGCCAGGUGGUCUAUCAACCUACCAAAGCUGGACCUUAUGACAUCACUGUCAAGUUUAAUGAACAGCAUGUUCCAGGCAGUCCAUUCCGUGUGGACAUCAAGAACCCUGUCAACCCUGCUAAAGUCAAGUGCUACGGCCCAGGUCUAGAUAGUGCCAAUGUCAGGGCUGGAGCCCCAGCCACUUUUACAGUAGACACCACAGAGGCAGGGGAAGCCCCUCUUGAGGUCACAUACACUGACAAGACAGGUGCUAAACGCCCAGCCCAGCUUGUACCUGUGGAUGAUGGCAUCUAUGAGGCCACCUAUGUCCCCACUGCUGAAGGACCAUGCCAGGUGGAGGUCAAGCACGCCAACCAGCAGGUACCCCACAGUCCAUUCCGGGUCAAUGCCCAGCCAGGUGUUGAUGCCAGCAAGGUGAAGGUUACAGGACCUGGUGUCAGUGGCACCACACCUGCCAGUUUACCUGCUCAUUUCAAAGUUGACACCCGUGGGGCAGGAGAUGCCGACCUGGAAGUCCUUGUCAGGCGUCCAGAUGACACCUACAUCCGACCCUUCAUCCAAGACAACAAUGAUGGAACCUAUGACGUUGUGUACACACCUGAGGAUUUGGGUGUCUAUGAUGUCACUGUCAAGUAUGGAGGACAAAACGCCCCAGGAUCACCUUUCAAUGUUAAAGCCACACCUACAGGAGAUGCCUCUAAGUGCAAAAUUACAGAUGGAAAUGACCGUACUGUCCCAGUUGGUAAGGAAACUGUCAUCACUGUUGAUGCCUCACAAGCUGGAGUUGGUAAGGUGACAUGCAGGAUUCGCUCCCCUAGCGGCAGCGACAUUGACAUCGACAUCAUCGACCAAGGUGAUGGAACCUUCUCCAUCUCGUUCACACCCCAGUUUGCCGGCCCCUACACCAUUGAGAUCAAGUUUGGUGGGGAGCUGGUGCCCAAUGGAAGCUACACUGUUGAGGCAGUCCUAGAGGAGGAAUACCAGGCAUACCUGGCCACUAAGGUUGAUGAAGAACUAAUGAGGGCUGACGCUGUAGAUUCCCUCCACGCCCAGGCCCCUGGGUCUGGCCUGUUCCAGCCCGUGGACUUUACCCUCCCUGUUGGUCCAAUCUUCAACUUUGUCUCUGCCACUGUGGUGAUGCCAUCAGGCAAACGUGCCUACCCCAACAUAGAGGACAACAAGGACGGUACUGUGACUGUCAGGUACCAGCCCACUGAGACAGGGCUGCACCAGCUACACAUGCAGUACAACAAUGAGGAGAUUGAAGGUAGCCCAUUCUUGUUCCAUGUGGAGGCCAUUGACUCAGGCUAUGUGACAGCCUAUGGACCUGGCCUCAGCCAUGGUGUGGUACACGAACAGGCUGUCUUCACCAUCAACACCAAGAAUGCAGGCGCAGGUGGGUUGUCACUGGCCAUUGAAGGGCCAUCAAAGACUGAGAUCCAGUGCAAGGACAACGAAGAUGGAACCUGCACUGUUUCCUACCUGCCCACUGCUCCAGGAGAGUACCUCAUCACUGUCAAGUUUGCUGACAAGCACAUCGCUGGCUCACCUUUCACUGCCAAAGUUACACCUGGAGAACCCAGACGCAAGAACCAAAUCAUGGUUGGAAGCAGCUCAGAGGUCUCCCUCAAGGUCACAGAGCAGGACAUUGAGAGCUUGACCGCAAGCAUUGUAUCACCAUCAGGCAGAGAGGAGCCCUGUUUCCUCAAACGUCUUGCUAAUGGUCAUUUAGGUAUCACAUUCACACCACGAGAGACAGGGGAACACCUGGUCAAUGUGUACCGCAAUGGUCAACACAUCGCCAACUCUCCCUUCAAAAUCACUGUUGGUGAGAGUGAGAUCGGCAAUGCCAGCAAGGUCAAGGUUUAUGGCAAAGGUCUGGAGAAAGGCAUGGCCAAUGAGGUCAACGAGUUCAUUGUGGACACACGUGAAGCAGGCUAUGGAGGCAUGUCACUGUCCAUUGAAGGCCCAAGCAAGGCUGACAUUGAAUGCCAUGAUAACGAGGACGGCACCUGCCGUGUGACCUACAAGCCCACAGAGCCUGGGACAUACAUCAUUAACAUUAAGUUUGCUGACCAGCAUGUCCCUGGCAGUCCAUUCACUGUGAAGAUUGGAGGUGAACCCUCAGCCAAGAUCACAGAACGUAUCACCCGUCACAAAGAAGCUGCAGAUGUGACCCAUGUAGGCAGCCAGUGUGAGCUGAGCUUAAAGAUCCCUGGCACCACACCAUUUGACAUGACAGCGUCAGUCAAGAGCCCAUCAGGAGUCACAGAGCUGUGUGACGUCAAGAGCCUGGACGAUUCUCAUUACAGCAUUAAGUUUGUUCCUAAAGAGAUGGGAGUCCACACAGUCAGCGUCAAGCACAAGGACAUGCAUAUUCCAGGAAGUCCAUUUGAGUUUACAGUUGGUCCUAUCGCUGGAGGAGGUGCUCACAAGGUGCAUGCAUCAGGCCCAGGUCUUGAGAGAGGAGAGGUCAUUGUCCCCAAUGAGUUCAACAUCUACACCAGAGAGGCAGGAGCUGGAGGCUUGUCCAUUGCUGUUGAAGGUCCAUCCAAGGCUGAGAUAGACUUCCAAGACAAGAAGGAUGGAUCCUGCCAGGUGUCAUACAGAGUCUCAGAGCCAGGAGAAUAUUAUGUGUCUGUCAAGUUCAAUGAUGAGCACAUCCCAGACUCACCUUUCCGCGUGAACAUCACUCCCUCUAUUGGUGAUGCCAGAAAGGUGGCAGUACAGUCUCUCCAGGACAGAGGGCUGCAGGUGGGCAAACCAGCAGCAUUUAUUGUCAAUUUCAACGGCGCCAAAGGAAGGUUAACAGCCCUAGUUGUCUCCCCUUCAGGAUCUGAAGAGGAAGCUUUGGUGCAAGAAGUUGAUGAUGGUCAGUACGCUGUCCGAUUCAUCCCACGUGAGAAUGGUGUCCACUUUGUCCACGUACUGUUUGACAACUACCACAUCCCAGAAUCUCCAUUUAAGAUCUGUGUCGGCAAGAUUGAUGCUGAUGCUGGCAAAGUGACGGCAUACGGGGAGGGGCUUGUAUCAGGCAAAACAGGCCAGGUAGCCAAGUUCAUCGUCAAUACAGUAAAUGCUGGGUCAGGUUCUCUGGCUGUCACAGUGGAGGGUCCAUCUAAAGUCAAACUGGAGUGUAGAGAGGUUGAAGACGGCUAUGAGUUCAGUUACAGUCCAACUGCUCCAGGUGACUACCUAAUUUGUAUCCGCUAUGCAGGUGUCAAUAUUGCUGGCAGUCCCUUCAAAGCUAAGAUUGAAGGUCAAGGCAAACCAAGCGCCAUGCAAGAACACGCGUCCGUGGUUGUGGAGACAGUUACCAAAACCAGCACCACCACCAGGUUCAGCGGUAUCCAGAGGUUCAGCUCUGAUGCCAGCAAGGUCACAGCCAAGGGCAGUGGGUUGACCCAAGCCUUCCGUGGCAAGCCUGCAUCUUUCACAGUGGACGCCUCUGGUGCCGGUAACAACAUCAUGUACAUUGGCAUGAUGGGACCCAAAGGUCCAUGUGAGGAACUCAUUGUCAAGCACCAGGGCAGCCUCAAGUACUCAGUCAACUACAUAGUCAAGGACAGUGGACGCUAUAUGCUCAUCAUCAAGUGGGGUGACCAGGAGAUCCCUGGCAGCCCCUUCGCUGUCGAGGUCCAGUAGGAUGCCGUUCUCAUUUAAUAACAUUUAGUACUAAUGCAAAUUAUUGUGCAUUUGAUUUGAAACAUGAAUUUCCUUGAUGUGUGUUGAUGAUGAAAUGCUGAGCGUACAAGUCAGUGACAGAUUGCUUUUAGCUAGGUACCACUGGACACAAGUGGUCACUGGUCAUCACUUGUAAACACGACGUUCUGGAAUCAACAUUGGUAAUUGUAUUUGGUGCUUUCAUGCAUUUAUAAAAGAGAAGUGUAGUUGAAGAUAGUUUGUCACUCUGCUACUAGUAUCUCUAGGGGCUGUCUAAACAUAGAAUAACAAAUAAUUUGAUGAAAACUAGUAUUUCAAGUUUUUAAAACUGUAUAAAUCUUUGUUGAAUGAAAGACUAGCACGUCCAGUUCAAAGUGCCUACUUCACGGUGUGAUAUUUUUUAAUGAAAAUUUUAAAUUAUUAGAAGUUACAAUGAAUUAUUAUUGAUAUAACUUUUUAACUCUUUGAUAACAAAAUUAAAAUUUUUACUGGUUGUGAAAUUUUCAAGAUACAUAACCAUUGGGUUUUAUAAUAAAAAAUUAACUAAAAGAAGAGUUUAAAUUAAUUUAAACAAAAUAAUUACAUGAAGAGUUUUCUAGUAAAUGUUUUUUCUAUCUAGUUUUUUUUAUCAGAUUUUAAAAAUAAAAAAAUGUAAAUAGUAGAUUAUUUUUGUGAGCUCUGACUGAUUCAUGUAUUCUUUCAUGUCUUGUGUCAUCACUUAUCUGGUGAGUACUGUUGUUUUACUCGCUCCUACUUCUGUGUUAGAUCAAGGUGCUAUUUCAAGCAAUCUGGAACUUUAUUUAUGGUGGUUUAGUCCGACUUUCAUUUUACUGUCUAAAGCGUGAGCACAUCUCAGCGCCUGCUGUGUGUGCAUGCGCUGGCGUAUAUUAGAUUUUUAAUUAACAAUUUUGUUAUUUAAAAUGAUAUAGAUCUUUGUGCUGUAUGUUUUUUUAUCUAUACAUAACACAUAUAAUAUAUAAAUCUAUAUUUAUUAUUGCCUCGUGUAGCAAAGAAAAAUGUUUUGCAUUCAGUCCCUGUAAAUAUGUGGCUGUUACGUUUAAAAAAAACUUUUUGCUUGUGAUUUUUUUUUGUAUAAAACUUGUCCUAAUUUGCAUAUUGCUAUAUCUUUCAUUUUUUUUGCUCUGAUACAAACAUGCCAGUUGUAUUUUCCUGGGAAUCAACUUCUGCUUUUGUUGUGAGGUUUUUGUAACUCAUCAUAGAAGACAGUCGUGGGACUGUGGCUACACCCUUCUGUAACAUCAUAGGGUGGUUUCUGUGAAUGUACUACAACCUGCUGUAACAUCAUAGGGUGGUUUCUGUGAAUGUAUUACAUCCUGCUGUAACAUCAUAGGGUGGUUUCUGUGAAUGUACUACAUCCUGCUGUAACAUCAUAGGGUGGUUUCUGUGAAUGUUUGUAACAACAUCAUAGAGUGGUUUCUGUGAAUGUACUGUAAUGGAUGUGUGGUUUAUUGCCAUGAAGAAACCAAUCAAAAUCUCAUGCUGGCCAUCAGCUCAAUAUUCUACUCAUCUUGUGUUUGACUGCUAGUCUGUUGGCUAAAGUGCAUAUAUUUCUCAAACUAUAGGCUCUUUUAUUAAAUUUUUUUUGUAAA